AAUAUAUAACGUCUGGUAUAAGCAAACUAUGGUCGUCCAAUGUGAAAUUGAGACAUGCACCCGACGUGUUAUCAUCUACCGUACAGUAACAGGGAGCAGUAUUUUCUGAGCUCGUGUCUCCUGCGAUCUGGAUAGAGCUAAUUGUGCCAAUCCAAAGCCUCCUGAGACGAAGAUAUUCCAGCAAAUUGAAGGGAAGCGGUCCAGUUUCAAAGAACCUUCCUGACCAAGAUGGUCCAGCCAUCUUCGCACUGACAUGUCACACUCAGCAUCGUAAGAUUUUUCACCUGCAAAACCCUUGUCUUCCUCUUCUUCCCCGAUCCUCCAGUCAACACUCGUCGUCUACCUGCAGUCACCGCUAGUCGGCCAGGCCGCCUCGGUCACUGUUGCGCUCACUUUCCCCUCCCAACCCAGCUGCAAUCCAAAUCACACGCUUGACGCUCCUCCUCCUUCCCCCAAUCACUCCGUAUAUAUACGCGACACACCCACUCCAAUUCGGCAAUUCCCCACUCCACAAACACACAAAUUCCCCCACUCCCCUACUCCCCUACUCCCCAAUCUCGGGCUCUCGGCGGGUACAUCCGGCCGGCCAAGAAAGCUGGGGAAGAGGAUCCUUCUUGGGCGAAAGAGGAGGAGAAAGGGGGAUCUGGAGGCGACGGGCCGAUGGCGGUGACGGGGACCUCGGUGGCGGCCGCGGCCACGAUGCUGGCGGCGGCGGCGGCCAUCUUCAUCACCUUCGUCCUCUGCUUCUACCUCUUCCUCUGCGCCAAGCGCUACCGCGGCGCGGCCCCGACGAUCGGUGGAGGAGGAGGAAGGGACGGCGCCGCCGGCGGCGGGAGGGGCCGCGCGCGGUUCGUCUUCGCGGGCGCGGGGUGCCACGGCGGCGGCGGCGGGAUGGACGAGGCCGCCAUCGCCGCGCUGCCGCGGAGGGAGGUGGCGGCCGGGGACCCGCCCCCGGACUGCGCCGUCUGCAUCGCCGAGGUCGCCGCGGGGGAGGCCGCGCGGGUGCUCCCCCGCUGCGGCCACGCCUUCCACGUCGAGUGCGUCGACAUGUGGCUGCGCUCCCACUCCACCUGCCCGCUCUGCCGCUGCGCGGUCGCCGACGAGGAGGCGCCGGUGCCGGCCCCCCGGGCGCCCGAGGCCGACCCGGAGUCGCCAAACUUCCCCACCAACGUCCUCUUCUUCGGCUCCCAGGACGCCGUCAGCACCCGCGGCGCCGCCCAGACGCCCACGGAGCCUCCUCCCCGGACGGGGGCGCGUCAGCCGGCGCCGACGGUGCCGGCGCAGGCGCCGCAGCUGAUUCAAGGGCCCAUCGCCGGAGUCGCGGCCGUCGUGGAGGCGGCAAGGGUAGCCACCCUACGGCGGCUGCUAGGCUGCGGCGGCGCGGCGACGGUGCCGCCGACGCCACCGCAGCAUGAACAGCAAGACCGCGACUUGGAGGCCGGGCUCGGCGGCGGCGAGAGCAGCGGGUCCCCGCCGCCGGCGAAGCCGCAUUAAGCUUUUUCUUCUUGAUUUGCUUGUUGCGUUCCUCAUGUUCCUCAUCUUCUCGAGCCAUUUGAGGCAUCGGAAGAAGAAGGAAGCAAGUGUACAGAGGAUCUGUUGAUCUGUAAUCAACAGCUACAUAUAGUGCUAGAAAUCUACAAACAGGAUUCAUGCGUUUCGGAGUAAAAUUCUUGGAGGGGGCCGUGAAAAAAUGGGAGGCAUUUCGCUGUCGA